CCUAAGCCACCUGCUGCAAUUAUUUAGAACUGUCUGCAAAACCGCCCACUGUCCCCCUCCUUCCCGCUUCAUCUCUCCCUCCGUUCUCCUCCUCCCCAGGCAUCUCCCUCUAGCCCAUCUUCACCCCCUGCCUUGCCCAGCCCUGCACAUCACCCAAUCCACCACCACCACCACCACCACUCUCUCCCUCGUUCCGCGGGCGGGAUAUGUCGGGCUCCGUUCGCCGCCCCGGGAGAUCCCUGAGCCGGCAGAGGCCUACCUGGCGCUGGCAGCGAGCGGGAGGCUGGUGGGCCCGAGGCUGGGGCCGGCGCCUGGGCCUAGGCCUGGGCCUAGGCCUGGGCAUGGGCCUCGGCCUGGCCUUCACAGCCGGCCUGGGGCGUAGCUUGCGGACGCCGCUGUCCGACAGCCAGUGGGAGGAGGAGGAGCGGAGCCGGGAGCCCGGGGUCCCGGCGGCGGCCGUGGGGCGCGACCUACUGCAGAGGAUCAAGGAUGAAGUGGGAGCUCCUGGGAUAGUGGUUGGUGUUGCUGUGGAUGGAAAAGAAGUUUGGUCUGAAGGUCUGGGGUACGCAGAUGUGGAGAACCGAGUGUCGUGUAAACCGGAGACUGUCAUGCGAAUCGCCAGCAUCAGCAAACCACUGACCAUGACAGCCAUUGCCAAGCUGUGGGAGAAAGGAAAGCUGGACUUGGAUGCUCCUGUGCAGAUAUAUGUGCCAGAAUUUCCUGAAAAGAAAUAUGACGGUGAAAAAGUGACGAUAACGACACGGUUGUUAGUGUCUCAUCUGAGUGGCAUUCGGCACUAUGAGAAGGAUGUUAAGAAGGUACAGGAACAAAAGGCAAAAAACAAGAAGGAACAAAGUCUUGUUAAAGAGAAUGUGGAGCGCAAAGUCCAAGAAAGGAAAAAGACCAAGAAAGAGUUUGAACACGAGGAAUAUUACAUCAAAGACAAGUUUGAAAAUAUUUCCAAAGCAUUGAAACUGUUUGAGAAUGAUCCCUUGAUUUUCAAACCUGGGAGCAAAUUUUUGUAUUCAACACACGCUUGGACACUUCUUAGUGCUGUUGUGGAGAAGGCUUCUCAACAAAGUUUUCUGCAGUUCAUGGUUAAACUGUUCAAUGAUCUUGACAUGCUCAGAACUGUGCCAGAUGAACAUGAGCCAAUCAUCUAUAACCGAGCACGGUACUAUGUUUACAAUGAGAAGGGACGCCUGGUUAACUCUCCCUACGUGGAUUCCUCCUACAAAUGGGCUGGAGGCGGCUUUCUCUCCACGGUACAAGACCUGCUGAAAUUUGGCAAUGUGAUGUUGUACAGCUCCCAGGUGGAAGAGGAGGGACAGCAGACGCUGCUCCUGGGCUACCUCAGGCCAGCCACCAUGAGCAUGAUCUGGAGCCCUGUGGAGAGAACAGAACUGAGCUGGGACAGGGACGGCAGCUACGCCAUGGGCUGGGGAGUGGUGGAGGAGGGGCAACAGUGGGGCCAGUGCCGGCGACUGCGGCAGUACCUCACCCACACGGGAGGCUCAGUGGGUGCCAGCAGUGUCCUGCUGAUCCUCCCCAAGGACCGUCCAGGCCCCUCUGCUAGCCCACCCGAGGCAGGUGUCCCUCCGCAAGGGGUAGUGGUCGCCAUCCUCUGCAACCUGCAGUCUGUUAACCUCAACGCCACUGCUCUGAAAAUCGCAUUAGAGUUUGACAGGGUCAGGACAGCUGAACCCAUUCUUCCACCAUCUGAAGCUGACGGCCCAGUCACAGCCGGCUGACCUCUGCAAGUCUGUCAAGGACCCAAAUAUGAAGACUGGUGGUGGUGCCCCAUAAUGUCUGUGCCAAACAUAAGGCAAAGAUUUGGGGCUGGUGGGUAGGAUGUGCCCGUGUGGCUGGGACAGAAAAUUAGUUUUAUAUUUGCUACCUCCAAUUUGCCUCUAUCUCCACAUCAUCAAUAAC